AUGAUUGGAGAAAGAUUGGUACUCCCCAAGUCAUUACAAGACAUUAUAAAACAAGUGGAAGAUGUAACAAGAACAAAGCACACAGAUAAGCUGGACUUAAUGUUAGCAAUAUGUUAUUCUGGGACUAGAGAUAUAUUGCAAGCUACUAGGAACAUUUGUGAAAAGGUCAAGGCUGGGGUGAUCGAACCCAAAGCCAUUGACGAGACCUUGUUUGAUCAAGAGCUAUGGACUCGUGGCGCGCCUCACCCUGAUCUGCUCAUUCGAACUGGUGGUCGCCUCCGUGUUAGUGAUUAUUUGAUGUGGCAGUUAGCCCAAACCGAGCUGUACUUCUCCCAAGUUUCCGCACCGGAAUUUGGAGAAGCUGAGUUCCUCCAAGCCUUGCGCCCCUUUCAGCGAAGGGAAAGGACAUUUGGAAGUGAUCAUAUGUUAUAA